AUCAACCCAAGCAGAUACUUCAGUCAGACUCAGACCAGAGAGUCACGGUCACGGAACAGUAACUGAACCCGUCCAGCGUUCACUGACUUUUACAAUUAACUAAUUUUCGCCAAUAUUUGAUUAUUAAGUUGCGCUGUUCGUGCGUUUGUCCUUAGUUAUUGUUGACGCGUGGUUAAAUCGUCAGAAAUUGAUUUUAAUUUUGAAGGGAUUUGAAAACCUUCGAUAUGGAUGAAGAUAUCGACGCUUUGUUGGAGGCCGCGUUUGAUAAGAAAGGGAGCCAUAUAAAUUCGCGUGCUGCGUUGUUUUCUCUGCAACAUCGUGCCCAGGGCGAAGCAGAGGGGAAGGUCAACGGGGAAUCUUCUCAUCGCGUGAACGGAAAUGACACCAAAGAAAAAAAAUACGAUAAGGAGCGUGAUAAAGACAAGGACCGAGAAAAAGAUAAUAAAGAUCGAGAAAAGGAUAAUAAAGAUCGAGAAAAGGAUAAUAAAGAUCGAGAAAAGGAAAGAGACAGAGGAAAGGAGCGUGAUAAAGACAAGGAUGGAAAAGACAAAGAUCGAGAUCGCCGUUCAGGACGUAGUGACCGCCACAGAAGCCGAAGUAAAGACCGUAAAGAUCGAGAUCGCCGCAGAAGUCGGAGUCGGGACCGCCGCCGUUCUCGCAGUCCUCGAGAAGCUCGUCGAAGGUCUCGUAGCCCUCAUCGAGAUGGACGCAAACGAUCUCGCAGCCCAAGAGGCGGAAAAGAUCGCGAGAGAAACCGUGGCCGUCGGUCUCCAACGCCAAUCAAGAAACAACUAACCGAAAUGACCGUUGAAGAGCGUGACGCCCGAACUGUGUUCUGUAUGCAGUUGUCUCAGCGCAUUCGUGCCAGAGAUUUAGAAGAAUUCUUUUCUGCGGUUGGCAAGGUUCGAGAUGUCAGAUUGAUUACUUGCAAUAAGACACGUCGCUUUAAAGGUCUUUGUUAUGUUGAAUUUGCUGAGCCAGAGUCAGUCCCCUUGGCAAUUGCACUGACCGGUCAAAGAUUGUGUGGUGUGCCUAUUGUCGUGCAGCCCACUCAAGCUGAAAAGAACCGACUUGCAGGAAGUAACAUGCCUGCGAUGAGUUCAUUCAACAAAGGUCCAAAUGGCCCCAUGCGGUUGUAUGUUGGAUCGCUCCAUUUCAAUAUCACAGAAGACAUGUUGCGUAGCAUCUUCGAACCGUUUGGUAAGAUCGAACACAUGCAGCUCAUGAUCGAUACGGAAACUGGUCGCUCCAAAGGAUAUGGAUUUAUCACGUUUCGAAAUGCCGAGGAUGCGAAAAAGGCUAUGGAACAACUAAAUGGAUUUGAAUUGGCUGGUCGGCCCAUGAAAAUCAACCACGUGACGGAACACUUUACCGGAAAUCAUACCUAUCUGGAUAGUGACGAAAUGGAUAGAGCUGGAAUUGAUUUGGGCGCCACUGGUAGACUCCAACUGAUGGCAAAAUUGGCUCAAGGCACAGGGUUGGAGAUCCCAGCAGCCGCACAAUCAGCCCUUAAUCUUCAGGCUUCCAUCCAAGCAGCUCAACAACAAGCAUUGCCUGUUGCCGCUGUUGCUCCUCCCAUUGCCACCCAGUGUUUUAUGCUUUCCAACAUGUUUGAUUCGAGUUCUGAGACGCAUCCUUUAUGGCAUCAGGAAAUAUGUGACGAUGUCAUGGACGAAUGCAACAAACAUGGUGGUGUACUUCACAUCUAUGUUGACAAAGCAUCACCCCAAGGUAACGUGUACGUCAAGUGUCCGUCCGUGACUGUAGCGGUCAAUGCCGUCAACGCUUUGCACGGGCGCUGGUUUGCUGGAAGAAUCAUCACAGCAGCUUACGUCCCACUAAUUAACUAUCAUUCGUUAUUCCCUGACUCCAUCACGGCCACCACCCCAUUGAGGAAGUGAAGUGCUUUAAAGCUUCGUGACCCACCGUCAAUCGUCUCCGUUGCCCCAUCAACAGUUAUUGCGCUUGUGUACAGACCCAUCCAUUUCCAUUUUGACCCAAUGAGCACUCGUACCUCACUUGUGUCGCAGAGGAAAUCAUUAUCGCCUCAACUAUUUUCAGAUUGAAACCAUCGCCGGGGUUAGAGGGGAACAUAUAUUUACUGGGUUUCUCAAAUGGAUAUAAAAAGAAUUGUAAUGUCCCAUGAUUUGUCAUUCAUUAAUACACCGACAUUUUUCUCUUUGA